UAUUUAAUGGGCCAAGUGGGAACAAAUCGAAAUAAACCCUAAACCCUAUUUCGGCUAUGCUCAGAUACAAAAUUGAGAAUACAAACUCUCGCCGGCGAGCAAAUUGACCUGCGAAAUCACACACUCACUUGACCUUAAUGAGUAGAAGUUUGUCUGUGCUAAGAAUAAAAAUGUUGCUCCGUUUGGUGCGGCGAUCUUUUGUUGCUGUUCGCCCUUUAUCGACUGAAGCUGCAAUGGCAGUGAAGUCCACAAGUUUAGGAGGUGGCACAAGCUCUAGCACAAGUUUAGAAGGUGGCACUAGUAUUACCACAAGCUUAAAAGGUGGUUCUAGUACUACCAUAAGUACUAGUGGCAGAGACACGCUAGGGAAGAGGCUUUUGAGCUUGAUCUAUGCAAAGCGUAGUGCUGUCAUUGCUAUACGCAAGUGGAAGGAAGAAGGGCACCCUGUCCGCAAGUAUGAGCUCAAUCGCAUUGUUCGGGAGUUGCGAAGACACAAACGAUAUAAACAUGCCCUUGAGGUUUGUGAAUGGACGAGGGUACAGGAUGAUAUCCAACUAUUACCUGGUGACUAUGCAGUUCAUUUGGACUUGAUUGCAAAAGUUCGUGGUAUGAACAGUGCAGAGAAGUUCUUUGAAGACCUACCUGAUAAACUGAAGGCCCAGACCACUUGUACCGCCCUUCUCCACAACUAUGUCCAGCACAAGAAUACUGCUAAAGCUGAGGCUUUGAUGGAAAAAAUGUCCGAAUGUGGUUUCUUGAAAUGCCCUCUUCCUUAUAAUCAUAUGCUUUCCUUAUACAUAUCCCAAGGGCAACUAGAGAAGGUUCCCCGCCUGAUUCAGGAAUUGAAGAAAAAUACCUCUCCUGAUAUUGUCACAUACAACCUGGAGUUGGCAGUUUGUGCAUCCCAGAAUGAUGUUGAAGCUGCAGAGAAAACAUUCCUCGAGCUAAAGAAGGCAAAAUUAGAUCCUGACUGGAUAACCUUUAGCACAUUAACAAACAUCUAUAUUAAAAGCUCACUUCAGGAUAAAGCAAAGUCAACUUUGAGAGAAAUGGAGAAAAGGAUUUCCAGAAAGGUUCGAGCUGCAUAUGGUUCUCUCCUUAGUUUGCAUACAAAUCUAGAGAGCAAGGAUGAAGUUUUGCGAAUAUGGAAGAAGAUGAAGUCAACCUAUCGUAAAUUGAAUGAUGCAGAAUAUACUUGUAUGGUAUCUUCUCUAUUGAAACUGGAUGAGUUCGGAGAAGCAAUGAAUCUGUAUACUGAAUGGGAAUCUGUCUCUGUGACGAGGGAUUCUAGGAUUUCAAAUUUACUUCUUGCUGCUUACAUUAACAAAAAUGAGAUGGAAAAGGCUGUCGAUUUUCACAACAGAACGGUGCAGAAAGGCGUAUCUCCUAGCUACACUACUUGGGAGCUUUUUACAUGGGGUUAUUUGAAGCAAAAGGAAAUGGGUAAAGUUCUAGAAUAUUUCAAAAAAGCUGUUACUAGUGUUUCAAAAUGGGAUCCUGAUGCAAAGAUGGUUCAAGAGAUGUUUCAUGUAGUUGAAGAGCAGGGCAAUGUUCAGGUGGCAGAGCAGUUGCUAGUUACCCUUCGACAUGCUAAAUAUGGGAAUACAGAGAUAUAUAAUGCACUUCUCCGAACUUAUGCAAAAGCGGGUAAGAUGCCAAUGAUAGUUGCAGAGAGGAUGAAAAAGGAUAAUGUGAAGAUGGAUGAGGAGACUCAAAAGUUAAUUACAUUAACUAGCAAGAUGACUGUGACUGAGGUUCCGAGUUCUAUUGCUUAAGAACAAGAACAUUCAGGCUCAGGAAUCUCAGAUUUCUCUAUGGACAAAGAAGCACAAGUGUUCCUGUUUAAGCCAAGAGAAGCACUACCUUCCGAAAAGCAGCGCUUGAAACAGAUGGCCUGAAAGAACAAGCCUAAAAAAGACAAAACCAGGAUAUCAAGAAACAUAGUGAAGUACAGAGAAAAAGACAAUGACGAGAAGAUGGGUAAAAGGUUGCAUUACAGCAAAACACCAUCUGGGGAUGAAGAGAAAACUUAGGGGGUGCCUGCUUCUCCAAAGAGAGUUAAAAGAAAUGAAAAUAGAGGGGUGCGCCUUUGCAUGUAUGGAGUGAUGAACAGAUUUCCAUUUUGAAAGUUAUCCUUAAGUUCAAGGAGAGAAAUAAGGCUUUAUCUAAAAGAGGAUAUGGGUGCAUUUUAUGAUCAAGUAAGAGAAAAAGUUAGACGUUUGAGAGAGAAGUAUAAAAGAAUGAUUUGCAAGGUGGAUGGAGUCCUAGAACCCCGCAAGAAGCGGAGUUGUUUAUGUGAAAAUCUGGAUGGUCUCUAAACCCCGUAUCAUUCAGAGACCAACCAGAUUUUCUAAGUGCAUUCAUAUUUGUUUUUUAUACAAGCCCUGUUUCUUGAACUGGAGUAUAACUUUAAGAAUGGAAAUCUCAUCUUUGUGACUUCAUAGUUUUGAAAAAGGCACACCCUUCAGUACAAACAUCUGAAUAUUUAGCUAGCAUUUGGAUAAAUUUGGUUGAAACUUGAAAAUAGAAUUCUUGAUGUUGUGUUGAAAAAUAACUUUUGGAAGUUGUGUUUGGACAUGCAUUUUAUUUGAA